GAAAGACAUUGCAGUCGAUCACCUUACUUUAUACCCUUCUUUGUCAAGGGUUCGAUGGAAAGCCAAUGGUUAAAAAGGCUAUCAUUGUUACACCUACCAGUCUUGUGAGUAAUUGGGAGGCUGAAAUUAAGAAGUGGGUUGGAGAAAGGGUUCACCUUAUUGCUCUCUGUGAAAGUUCCAGAGAGGAUGUUGUCACUAGCAUCGACAACUUUGUACAUCCCAAGAGUACUUCACAGGUGCUGAUUAUUUCAUAUGAGAAAUUUCGUAUGCAUUCAUCGAAGUUCAGCCAAAGUGAAUCAUGUGAUUUAAUCAUAUGUGAUGAAGCUCACCGAUUGAAGAAUGAUCAAACAUUGACAAAUCGGGCGUAGGAUUUUGUUAUCAGGAACUCCAAUGCAG